UCAAUUUAUCCUUCCAAAAAAAAAAGUGAACUCAAUUUUCCCCAAAUUUCUGAUCUUUAAACAGUUUCAAGAAUUAAAUGCCCAAAUCCCCCAAAUUUGUACUCUUUGCUUCAACAAUUUGUAGAGUAAACAACUCUAAAUCUACUUGAUAAUGAAUAAGAAAGGUAUCUAUUGGGAGAUUUUGGUAUGUGUUGCUUGAGUGAAGGGAAGUAGACAAAGGGAGCUUUUUGAUAAUCUUGAAAAUGGGGUUCAUGAGUGGAAGGAGAAUGUGGGUCAUUUUGGAUAAAGGUUCUUUCUUGUAGUUUAGCGGUCGGGGAUAUACACUAGAAGAUCCAUUUUAUGACCAAGCAAAUCUAGGAACUUGCGGGAGAGGUGGCCCUUCAAAAGAUUUCUAUCCCCGAGGCCAAGACAUUAUAUAUAUCACCAAUUCACUUGAGUGAGACAGAGGAGAGUGGAAUUUCUUGUGUAGGGGGGUGAAUUCUGGAGAUCUACAAAGGAAUGCCAAAAGCAAAGGCAGCUCUCUGGGCCCCUACUCCCUACCGACGCUGAGGUGCCAAAGCAUGGGGCACAAACAGGAUUAGAUACCCUGGUAGUCCAUGUUGUAAACGUAUCACAUCUAGGGUUUGUGCGCACAAGCUGACCCGCACACCACUGCUAAGAAAAAUCUGACAAUGCAUCAAAGCUACACCAAUUAGUCUUGUGCAUUAAUGGAGACAGUCCCUAAUGAAUCGAAGACACCAAGCAAGAUUGGAGAUAGACCAACCAGUGAUGUUGUCGUAAGACUUAGAACACAGGAUGGCCGUGAUGAUUGGCUUUACUGUCAUUCACAUAUUCUCGUUGAAGAGAGUAAAUAUUUUGCUGAUCGGUUAUCAGAUAGUUGGCCGACAUGUCAGAUUCUGGAUUCACGCAAUUGUGUUGAGGUUUACUGUGAAGAACCUGAUCUGGACUCCCAUGUCAAUGUCCUUCGACUCUUUUAUGUCAUUGCGGAUGGCUUAAUGAUGGAAAUUUGCCAUGGUGUCAAGAAUGCACUUGGCAUUUUGCGAGUUGCUGUCAAACUUGGAUGCCCAAGAAUUAUUGCAGUAUGUGUGGAUUAUUUGGAAGCAGUCCCUUGGGAGGAAGCUGAGGAGGAGGAGAUAUUAAAUACUAUACCAAGCAUGGGAUCUAAGGUGGAACCAGUACUUGCUCGCCUCCAACCAGUCAAUCCUACUGCAGUAAUGAAGAUUUUUCUUUCAGCCCUUCAAUUUGCUACGUCAUCACCUCCUUCACCUUUGAAUGAUCUGAAAAACACUGCUCAAGAACAGCUUGAAUACAUGCUUACCGAGGACGAUGAUGCUCCUUUACUGAGCGCUGAUGAAGAGAUAAAGCUAGAAGUCAUGCGAUGUGUCAAGAAGCUGCUUGAUAGAUUUAACAGCAUUGUAGAAUCUCUACUAUGUGACCUCCAAGAAUCGAUUUCAGAUUCUGGGAAAAUGCAAUCGUUGCAUUCUUGUUUGACAGAUUUGUUAUGGGCAUGUCAGAUAUUAGGAAAGUUGGAGAUUAUCAGAGAUUUUGUUUGCAGCUGGACGGAGUUGUCAGUGAAGCUAGUAACCAUCGUUCAACAAAAAGAUGGAGAAAAUCAAACUCUGAAGACAAAGCUGAAGGUUCUUGAGGUGACUGCAAAAGUAUUAGAGGCAAUAGGCUAUGGCAUAGUUGUGUUGCCUACAGUAAAACGACUUCACAUGGUGAAGCUCUGGCUUCCUUUUGUCCGGACGAUGAAGCCUUUAGUCGAUUCUGUCUCCGAGGAAACUGAGGAUGAUCUCACACUAAAAUUCGAUAGUGAGAUCUGGCAAUCUUUGGAGUCAGCAUUUGUUGCUAUUAUACUUACAUUGUCGUCAGUUGAUCAGACAGACAUUUUAACAGAGUGGUUGGAAAAUCAACAGAUUCGAUAUCCAGACCUCACCGAGGCAUUUGAAGUUUGGUGUUACAGGUCCAAGGUAGCUAAGCGAAGGCUGGCAACACUUGGGGAAGAACACAAUACAGCUAAGGCAGUAUGACAUCUCUCUUCUUUUGCCAAUUCUAGGAUUUAGCUAUCCUCCUUUUCGCGUCACUGAUUAUAUGCUGAAAACUUUCUUUUAUUCUUUCGAGUUAUAACCUAGCUGAAUUGGCAAGACAUCUUAAAAUGGCCUAGCUUCUGUAAAGUGACCUCUAUUUUUGUUCCCCCUCCAUGUUUUCAUGCUUAU